AGCCAAACAAAAAUAGAUACUAGCCUCGGUGAGGCCUUGCUGUCUUCUAGAUUUAUAAGGUACUGAAAUAAAUAUGUAGUAAUGCAAUUAAAAUGUUUCCAGGACUGUAAAAUAUCAAUAGUCUGCAUACAUACAGAAUUGUGUCCUAUAAAUACGUAACGUUAGUUUAAAAGUCGGUCGGUACGACCCUCUGAAUGAUCUUAGCUGAAUUUAAAUUUCCCGACUGAAUACAUACACUUUAAAUAAAAAAGGUUCCCCCACGCACCCUUCCGGUGCUCAUAGCUAUAACGAAUGAUGGGUCCCGUGAUUAUGACCUCUGCAUGGGAGAACAAAUUGAUGACUAGGGUUACAAUUUAAAUGUGUGAAAUGUCGACGGCUCUUUUUAUUUUCCUUUUCAAAGGCUGCCCUGUGUACUACAGGAAAAUUGAAAUGAAAGUAAGCAAUGUUUUCCUUUUAGCUUUCUCUUUCGAACAAUUUUGUGAAAUUUAAUUGAGGCCAACUCUGUGUAGCAUCGCAUGUGUUAGUGGAUGCAUUUUACGCUGCUUUAGAUUUGUAUAAUGGUGCUUGUUAUUUUAAUGAGAAUUUUCAUUUGGUCUUUUAAGCGAAUUUCCAGAGGUUUUAAAAUAGAAACCGUCCUAACAGUUUCCGAAUCUUAAUGACUUGCUUGUUAUACAAUUUAUGAAAAUUAUCUUUAAAUUUAUUAUAUAACACCUUUCAGCGAAAAUCAAAACUAACAUCUUAACUUUCUGUAAUAUCAUUUUUAGGAUACCUAAACUUUUGCAUUAGGACAUAUUAAUGGGAAGAAAUUUGAGACUCAGUAGUUGAUAAAUUUAAACUAUAGCUUACAAGUCAGCUAUGUAUACAGGCUAUAAAACUAUAUUUUUAGAAAAUUCUUAAGUCUUCAGUUUUAAAAGAUGUAUUUUUUUUUUUUUAUACAAUUUUUAAAACACAAUUUUUAGUGAAAAUUUAACUACAUAAGUUAGGGAGUUUCCUUUUUUGAUAAUUUUUUCUUAACAUAAACAUGAGUGAUCGGUAAUUUCAUAAAAAAGCUUGGGAAAAAAAUUAUGUUACUUCCAUUCUUUCCAUUCGGCGUUCAAUUUAAAUUAAUUAAUUAUUAUCUUCCAACUGAAAUUAUAAUACCCUAUUGCAAGGGUAUAAAAAAACUCACAUAUGUAAGAGGAAAAUUGACUCUUCUACUCAUCCCUAGAAAUAUAACAACAACAAAAGAAAUGUCUAAGGAAGCUUACUCGAUAAAAUAUUUUGUUCAUUGUAUAAAUGCCGGGCAAAAAUAAGCGUUAUACAAAAUAUUAUUACGCCUUAUGAUACAAAUGUAAAAUUAUUUUAUUGUAUUUUUAUCAAUCUGUGUAAUAUUAUUUAUUUCUUAGUCCAACAGACAAACCCCAGCUUGCGCAGCACCUAUGUACACACGUACUCAUUAUUGUGGGGUAAAAUUCCUUAACCAACACUUAAUUUAAAUAAUUUUAUUUGCGACGUGCACCUCCUCCCUUUGCCGUUUUUUUGACGGGUUAAGCAAAUAGAGUUGGCAGCACUGACAAAUACGGUUGAUGUUUAGCUUUCCUCUGUUUUGCAAAAAUUCUCUAAAGCGAAGCUGUUAGAACUGUUUUUCCAACAAUAUCGAAUUUUGUGGAGUUUGAGGCUUAUUGCAAAACGAGCGCCUCAAGUUUCUGAAACAACAAAUAAACAAACUCUGCUGACCGCUUGUACUGCAAUUCAUUCGCCCACUAAGCGCUUUACAGGGAGCAGUGUCGCCAGUGCGCCAGUGACGAUCACUUGACCAACACCUUUCCGCAAGUCCGAUGGCCAAUCGUCAGCCGCGCAGCAGCCAACCGCCGGAGCGACACGCCGGCUUCCAGUGCCGCAACUGCGCGCGUGCCGACUUCCCGGGGCGCCGCUACAGCUGCUGGAUCUGCGCGGACUACCACGUGUGCGGCGCGUGCUUCGACGCCAGCCUGCUGCCCGAGGCUCCCAACCACCUGUACUACCACCCGCUAAAGGCGCACUACGCCCGCGCCGAGUACCAGUUGUACUUCGGCGGAGAGCCUUACCUGGGCGAGGACAACGUGGCCCAGAGCUACAAGUGCGCGCUGUGCGAGGAGCUCGGCCUCACCAUCGCCGACUUGCACAAACACCUUCAGGAGACGCACCACGCCCACCAGGAUCACGCCGCGUAUCUGAACUUGGUGCAGCAACGCUCUGUCGGAGGCUCACGCACAAUGGCAGAGGCUCUGGUAGCCUCGGUCGACAGCGCAGGAAGGGAGGAUCAGCGGCGGCGGGCGUUCAGCGUGGAGGUCGUCGAUCUGCCGCAACUUCUGGUGCGGCUCGAGAUGUUGGAUACGGCUGCCGCCGAUUUCCCGGACCGCUGUCUGGAAAUCCUGCACCGGGCCUACCUAAUGCGCGCUCAGAACAGCUCCGAGGAUGCGGAGAGGGUUGAGACCUACGUCGGCAUAAUCGAAGAGGAGGUGGCGGCCAGCAUGGCCGAGCGCCAACGGCGUCUGGGCCGGACUCCCGGUUCUCAUCGCCUGGUCCGAAGCGGAGUCGUGUUGCCUGGUCCCAAUAGAACUGCGGCUGUCGGCAGGCGACCUGCCACGCCCUCGCUGGCGGCUCGCCCAGUGCUGAUGGCACGCAGACCAAUCAUGGGCAGUGGUAAUGCGCACCCCAUAGGAGCGGCGGGGGCCCCACAACGCUCUGGGAGGACAGCGGUGCACACCCGCACCAUCUUGUCGUCGUCGCGGACGCCGCAUGUUGACCAGGAAAGGGCCUGCUGGAAGUUUCUUAGACCUGGCAUGAUGGGAACCAGAUAUCAACAAGUCCCCGUUCCGGUGAAGGCUCUGGGCUGUCAGCCCACCGAAAAGAUUCAGCCGGUAGAUUGCGCCAGUGCGUUCAGUGAUACGCGUUUUUUGUGCUCAAAGCUGUUGAGGGGCGGCAAGUCGAGCGGCGACCAGGAACAGUGGCUUAAAGCUGGCUUCAUUGAGGCCUUGUUCUGCUCUAUGCUGGCAGACGAGGAGCUAAUCCAGCUGCCACGAGGUCUGCUCUGGACCGUAAGGAACUUGACUGCCAAGGGAGGAAAGUGCUCUGCCAUCGAAUCGCCUGCGGAAUCGCACGCAAUUAACGAACAAUCCCGGAAGCCUCAGCAGCCUGCUUCGAACGAGAUGGAGCGCUUUUACAAGGGUCUCGAUCAGUACAAAGCUUGGAUGAGCAGCCGGAACACGCUAAUGCAACAGCCAGUGAACAGACAGACAGUUCAAAACUGGGAGGAAGCAUCCACCUCGACCGGCUUGCAGCCCAGUGCGCCUUGCUUUGCACACUUGAACCCAGGAGACAUCCCCUACGCUGAUUCGGACUCGGAUGAUGGGGAGAGUGGUGUGCAUACCAGCGGCAACUCAUCUCAGAAUGAAAGGGCUCCUGGGUCUGCUGGCUUGGCUGAACAGAGGGACGAAUCGCAUCCCGUUAACAGAGAGCUUUUGGAUGAAGCAGCUGGAGAAAACGGUGCCGAGGAUUCUGUCGAAUUGGAGGAGGACGGUGACGACAUCGACGAGGAGGAUGAGGCCUCGGAAUCGGAUUUCUCGGAGACAACCAUUGCUCAAAUCACGGACUACAUAAAUAUGAUCAUGCAGGACGAAUAAUUAAUCGCUGAACACCGAAAUAUUUUAGAAGUCAUCAAAAAGGAAGUGUUCUUUGCCACUUUUAUAAAAACGUAGUGUUUUGUAUAAAAAGAAGUGCCAAAAA